GUAGGUCUCCAAGUGCCGAGAAGGAAGAAAUACGCUCUUUUGGCAAUCUGCUCAGUCGGAUGCUUCACUCUUAUAACUAGCAUCAUUCGGCUCCCUUUUUUACAUGACCUAAACAAAUCAACUGAUCCCACAUGGGGUGUAACCGACGUCGCAACAUGGUCCAUCGCCGAACUCGGCUCCGCUAUCACCACUGCCUCUAUUCCAACAACACGUCCCCUCAUUUCCUGGAUCUUUCCCAAGUUCAGACUAACGUCCUCCGGGCCAUCGCAAGAUGAGACAAGGCCCCCAAACUCGUAUGCUCUAUCCUCAGUCGUCUCUGGAACGAAACGGAGGGAUAUAAAUACUUAUACGGAAAUACAUGCGGGGAAGGACGGACAAGCCGACAAUGAGAGUGAGGAUUAUAUUCUAAAUGAGAAUGGGAGAGUUAUUCGGCAGACAGUUAAAAUGAGUGUUAGUACGGAGAGUUUUAGACAAGAUGGAAGGGGGAAGAUGGAUGUGUAA